AUGCGUCUUCAAUGGGUUAUUGCAGUCCUUGUUCUGGUCGUUCCACUUGUGACUGCUGCUGCCCCAGAUGUAGUUCUUGAGACUUGGGAUCCCGUACAGAACACCAGCGAACCAUAUUGGAUAAAUACCGCAGAGUUCGCUGUCUCUUCGUAUAACAAGCACGAGAAGAAGAAUUUGGUGUUUGAAAGCGUGGUCAAGGGCAAGACACGCUACGAGGUAACAGGCCUCUAUAUUGUCCUUGUCAUUAAGGUCAGAGAUGGGUCAUUGCCCAGCGCAAAUUAUGAUGUUGCAGUACGUGAUAAGUAUGCUGGUCCUAAUCCUUUGGAUUUGAUCUACUUCCGCAGAAGACCUAAAUUUUGGUGA